AUGGUGGCCGACUCAGGAGAUGCCACUGCGGCGACGGCUAGGCUCGCCCUCAAGAUGGGGUCGGCGGCGGCGGAUACGAUCGCGCUCAUGGCAGACUUGGGCGAGGAGUUUCCCUAUCUUGGACCCGUGCUGAAAACGCUCACGGCUAUUCGUGAGACAGUGAAGGACGUGAAGAGCAACAAGGAGGAGCCCCAGGCUUUGCAUCGGAGGUGCGUGUACUUAACGGCAUGCGUGGUCGUGAAAAGUAGACAGAGCUCUUGCUCGGAGAUGGACGUGACUCCGCUCGAGCAGUGCCUGGAAGCAGCGGGGGAAAUUGUGAAGCGUUGUGGUGGGCGAGGCAAGAUGAAGGGGGUGCUGAAGGCCUCCAGCGACAAGGAGGAGAUCGCCCGAAUGAAGGCAGACAUCAGGGAUCUGGAGGCCGACUUCAGCUCGGCGGGUGUCGCCAUCCUGGAGGGGAAGACCAGCGAUUUGACGGCGAUGGUGGAGAGCACGGGAUCAAAUCAAGCAGCAGCUCAAGAAAUGAUCCUGGCAAAUACGGAAAGCAUUAUUGACCGGCUAUCCAAGACACCGGUCAAGCUGGCCAAAAUUCCCAAGGCGACGCCGAUUCGCAAGAGUUGGCAUGUUGAACGCCUCUAUGUCAUGGAAAGGGUGUUCGAGGCGCUCACUGCCGAUGGUGGACCGCGCUUGGUGGGGCUGGUCGGCGACAGCGGGUCGGGCAAGACCACGGCCGCGUCCGAGAUCGUCAGGAGUAACGAGGUGCGGCAGGCUUUCUCCGACGGGGUCGUGUGGUUGAAGGUAAAUCAUGGUGCAAAGGAUCGUCUCCCGUCCUUGAUGCUGCAGCUGGCCCAUAUGAUGUGUGAAGAAGUCGGCGGUCGUCGUCCAGCCACAUCGGAUGAUGGUGCGGCCUACAUCAAGGAGCAAAUGCAGCGCGGUCACGGGGGCAAAGGACUCACGUGCCUCGUAGUGGCAGACAACGUGUGGGAGAAGGAGGUAGUCUGGAAGCUGUUGGAGACGGGCAUGUGGGUUCUUCUGUCGACCCGCGACGAAGAGCUGGUGACAGGCUCGGAGGGGGAGGUUGUCGGAGUGGACGAGAUGUCCGAGGUAGAAGCGGAGUCGGUGCUGAGGAAGGCAUCGGAACUUCCUCCCGAGACGCGCUUGCCCGAUCAUGCCGUUGACCUGAUCGAGCUGUGUGGGCGCGUGGCGAUGGACCUGGCAUUCGUUGGUCGUUGGAGCACCGUUCGAGGCAGGUCAGACCGGACGGCUUGGUCGGAUGCUGCCGGCAAGGUGAGGACAGAGAUGGGCAAGAUUGAGGGUGGGUGCAUCAGCGGUACGGUGGUGGAGACUCGCGAUGCACGGCGCAAAGUCAUUCUCCAGGCUGGACGACGCGUGCAGCGGCUGUACCCAUCUCUUGCAGUAUUGCCGGACGGCCGUGAGUUUACGGUGAGGGACGCGGCCGUGUUGCUCUUCGAUCGAAAGCCCAGCCCUGAGGACGAGGCGUCUGCUGCAGGGGUAGUGGAGAUUCUGGAACGCUGGUCCGUCCUGCGUUCUAUAAAAGAUUGGUCUGCGCCGGUUCCGAGAAACACCUACGUCAUGCACGACGCCCACUCGGGCUUCGCGAGGGACAAUCUCAUGGACCGUGGAGACGUGCGCCGGCUUGCAUUGGUGCGAUGGACGAGGUAUAUCUCGUCUCUGGAUACUCUCCGGUCGGUGUGCUGGUAUGAUCUAAGAGGAAUAUGGUUGGGCGUGGAGCAGGUGGGUGGCGACGGGUGGAAAAGCACCCGCCCGUACGAGGCGGCGCUGGCCGGGAUGGAAGAUUCUGACCCCCUCCUCCCGAAGUCCGUGGUGGCCGUGGCAGAUUUUCAGCGUCAGAAGGAAGAUUGGGACAGAGCGGCUGUCACGUGCCGCAGGCUCCGCGAUAUGGAGGUGACCAAGUUGGGCCCAAUCUCUGAGGAGGUGGUCAGCUCGCUGCACGAGGUGGGUCUAGGCUACGAGAACGCUGGGCGGCUUGAAGAAGCGGAGGAGGUACUUAGAGGAUGCCUGGUGAUCGGGGAGGCCUUGCUGGGCUCAACGCAUAUAACGGUGACUCAAACGCUGGAACAUCUAAGUGGAUGCGUUCGACAAGCAGGGCAUUUCGAGGAGGCCGAGGGGUUGCUGAGGCGCUGUCUGGCGGUGAGGGAGGCCGAACUUGGACAUGGUCAUUCCCACACGGGCAUGGCAGUGUACAAGCUGGGUAGCUUGCUUGAAGAAACGGGGAGGCUGAUGGAAGCGGAGGAGUUGUUUAGGCGCCGUUUCGAGUUCCUGGAGGCCAGCGUGAGCCCCGAGGAAGAUAGUGCGGACAAUGCGCUUUUCGCCCUGGGUAUUUGCGUGCAAAAGGGAGGUCGUUUCGAGGAGGCAGAGGGUUUACUACGGCGCUGUCUCAAGUAUCGGGAAGCCACGCUUGGCCCAGAAUCUUCAAUGGUGGCGUGCGCGCUGCGUAUACUAGGUAUCUGCGUUCGUUCCUCUGGCCGAGUAAAUGAGGCAGAGGAGAUGUUGAGGCGGUGUCUGGCGAUCCAAGAAGCUAUGGGCCCCGGGGAUGACGUGGCGUAUACGCUGUAUCAUCUGGGUAUGUGCGUUCGACAGGCGGGGCGACAGACGGAAGCGGAGGGGUUACUGCGCCGCUCGUUGGGGAUCCUGGAAGCGAAGGACGACCCAAGGGAUAAGGACGACGCAAGGGAUACAAGGGCGGCCUACACGCUGUACAGACUGGGCGAAUGGGCUCGAGAAGCAGGCCGGCUGGAGGAGGCGGAGGAGAUGUUGAGGCAGUGUCUAGAGAUCCAAGAGAGCGCACUUGGCCCGACGAACAUGGAGGUGGCCGACACGCUGCAUUGGCUCGGUGUUUGCGUGGAAAUCAACUUCGCUGCGCAGGCGGUGAUAGGUAAAAGAGAAUAG